AUGAAUUUAGAUCUCUUGCCUCAAGAUUGUUUUGCACACAUCCUCUCGUUCGCCUCUGCUCGGGAAGCAUGUCAGCUAUCAAUCAUCUCAGAGACCAUACGCUCGAUGGCUGAUUCAGAUGUGGUAUGGGAUAAUUUUCUCCCAUUUGAUUGUGCAGAAGUUUUAUCGAGAUUAGAUACUCCAGUGAUUUAUCGUACGAAAAAAGAGUUAUAUUUCAAGUUAUGUCGUCUCCAUCAUAUGGAUGGAGGUACGAAGAUGUUUUAUUUAGAUAAAGAGACAGCUAAGAAAUGUUACAUUUUAGGAGCAAGGGAACUUCAAAUCCAAUGGUCAAACAAUCCUCUAUAUUGGUCUUGGAAUAGUCAACCCUUCCUAAAGUCAAGGUUUGAAGAAGUUGCAGAAUUGAGAACCAUAUGGUGGUUAGAAAUAAAAGGCUUAUUCAACGCCAAAUUGCUUUCCCCCAAGACCCUUUACUCGGUCUAUCUUUUGGUGAAGUUUGCAGACAGAGCUUAUGGUUUAGACACUCAUCCAUCUCAAGCCUCGGUUCAACUCGACACGGUCCUGUCUAAAAGAAAAGUAUAUUUGAACAACAAUGGUAGAGCGUCGAGCAAAAAUCGGGUUAUCGUUAAUGGAGGCGAUGACCGAGAGGAAGGCAUCGACGAUUGGGUCGAGAUUGAGUUAGGAGAGUUUUAUGUUAAUGAUUUGGAAGAUGGAGUUGUGGAGAUGUGUUUGAAAGAAGUUGAGAGCCAACAUUUGAGGGGUGGUCUUAUUGUUGAGGGGAUUCAACUUACACCUAAGAUCAAACUCUUGAAAGGAUAG